AACGUACUCGAGGAAUCAUUUGUGCCCCUGAAUCCCCAAAACAACCUUGAUUCCAAUCGGUGUGCUAGCAGAGAGCACUUAAGCUUAGAAGCGAAGCAAAUCAAAGCACAGCAACCCAAACACCCUCCGCACCAUACAUAAACACACCAGACAAUGUCCCUCAUCACCGACGACCUUCUCCUGAAACUCUGGGAGCUGGCCCAGACACAGCCAUCCGACGAGCGAGCAUCAGCAAAGCUCUGGACUCAUCUGUGCAGCAAGCACUUCUUCCCAAAGAAGGACUGGGUCGUGUCGUUGGGACCACGUCGUCAGGACAGUAGUGGCCGUCGGGGCGUGGAAUUCACCAUCGAGUAUAUGUGUGAGGGGAACAGCCUCGCAGUGCUUGUGAUUCACGAGGCCGAAGCACCCGACACAAGCUCUCAAGCUGUCGAAGGAGCGGAGGCUCGAGCGUACGAUGCUUGUUUGAGGUGUCUGGAGCUCCACCCUGACUGGGAAUGUGUGUACGCGCUCACGUCAUUUGGAACCAGAGGUCGAGCAUGGCGGUGCGGUUGAAGGGAUAAUUCUUUGACUGCUCUGUUCGGAUCCGAGGGCUUGGGUGAACCCGACCAGUACAUUGAGGUGCACUCUCCGGAGGCUCG